AUGUCUCUUGGUAAGCCCGUCACUGUGUAUUUGACAUCAGUUGAAGCUCAUUCGGAGAGAAUACUAACUCAGCAUCUCUCAUUAGACGAGCGCGCUCUCGAGCAAGUCGCCAACAAUGGCGAGAUGGACUAUGAGAAGUGGCCAUCCAUCCUCGAACCGCUCCUCCAGCAAUUGAACCAGGUUGUAUAUACCGAGUUCCCUAUGCCACGACCAUAUCCCGUUGUCAACCGACCUGCACCAUCUUCCCCCAGCCAAACACAGCCUCCACCUCUGCGAGACCCUAAUCCAGUAUCGCAAACACCAUCGACACCUGCUCGCAACCUCCCGCCAGUGCCACCGUUCCCAAACUCAUCCGCUACCACGACCAGCCAUGUCCCAGACUCUCUGCCACCCUCACAAGAUCCUCCCAUUGACACCGCAAACGAGCUUCCACCCCUACUACUCCAGAUCCUUAAGAGCGUGACGCAUAAUCUACGCUCCUCUUUCUCCAAAAGACCGCCUCACACGAUCCAACGUCUCGCUGAACUCAUAUUAUACCCUACAACGCACUACAAAACACUUCCCGCGUGGUUGCGUGCAAUAGAUAGAGUCGUCAGCGUGAGCAGCCCUGCGGACAUCUUUCCCCUCUCCGAGGCCCCGGCUCUCGUGAACGGGGUAAACGGCGACGGCGGCGGAGGAAUCCUCUGGAACAAUAGCGACACAAGGAACGGCUACGAUAGUGCCUCUCUAGGUAGUGACGAGAGUCUGGGCGGAGCUCUCCUCACACCUAUACCAUGGCUACGGAACGGGGUCACCGGUAGCGAAGACUCAAAUGAAGAGUCCGGGAAUUUGGACUCAAACACCAGCGCGAGCACCGAGGGCUUGGAAGACUCGCUGGGAAUGCCAGUCACGCGAAUGAAUGGAGAUACCCUCGUUCCUGAACGGCCGGACGGAGCUGUGACGCAAGGGGAGCUGAUUCGGCUAGAGCAAGAGGCAGGCGUCGUGCCUGUGACGCGGAAUCCUCCCGAUUCCCACGUGAGCGGCACACUGGAGGAGAAUUCGCUGCUCGAGGACGCGGACAUGGUACCGCAUGCGCGGGGACCUGAUCUGGUGGGCUCAGUUGACAUGGGUCGCGUCGACGGCCAAGACGUCGAACUUCGCAUUGGCAGUCCGCCGGGCGAAGAUGGUAAGCGGGAGACCGAUGCAAAUGAUGCACAGACUGUCCUACCUGGAAAUGUCUCAUCCGCCGAACCAGUGGGAGACCCGAAGGCGUCCUCCAGCGGAGCAGCAUCAACGGCCGAUUCAGAGGACUUUGAAAUCGUGCUCGAAGACGCAGUUGGGAAUGGUGACUUGGAAGCAAUGCAAUUAGACGACACGGGUACGGAAGCGCAAGAAACUGAACGCUCACAGCCACCAGAUGAUCAGGUUGUGGAUGUAGUCCUCGUUGACGCAGACGGGAAGACCGAAGACGAAAGCCCGGGUAGGAACAAAGAGCCCUGA